UGCUCUACAUAUUAUAUGAAAUAUUUUUACCAUGGUCACUAAAAUUCGGAUUAAAACCAUUUGCUGCUAAUGUGAAUAUCUCAAUCAUAUCUUUCUUAUUUAAUCUCAAACUAAUUAUGUCUAUAUCUUACUUAAUCUCAUAUUAAUAUUUUGAAAACUUAAAUUUCCAAGUAUACCCUUACUCACCAUUUUUAUUCAAUAUACUUUGUCGUCUUCUCCAUUUCCACCACCUUAAAGUCUAAACCCCAUUCCCUUUCAACAUCACAACGAUUACAAAAUUCUAUUCUAAAUUCUAAAUCAAAUCACAACAACACUGAUAACAACUCCUUUUAUCCUAAAAACGAGUUAACACCGAUUCCACUCACUCACUCAACCAUGAGCCGAUUCAGACGAUACGAGAUCAUCGAAGAAGAACCAUUGCCAUUACCUUUACCUUUCUCUCAUUCAUCUUCUUCACAUUUCUUCAUUACUGAAACCCUACCAUUCCCUUCCUUCAUUGAACAAUCUCUCCCCUUUGAUCUCGAUCUAUGUCUUCUCGAAGCUCCAUUCCACGCGGAUCUGGUGCGCGUGGAUCGUACACCUUCGUUUUUCUACAAACGACUUGAGAAACAGCAGCAACUCGGUUUACAAACCUUGAGUGACCGAGUCGCUGAGUUAGAGUCACGAUUUGAGCAAAUCGUUACCGGGAAGAACAAGAACAAGAAGAAGGAGGAGGAGAAAAAGAAGAAGAAGAGUGGUAGUGGUGGUGGUGAUCGGAAGUACACGUGGACGGCUGAGAUUAAAGAUGGUGAGAAGAAUGGUUUUGAUAGAAAGUAUAAGUGGAUUGCCGAGUUGGUUGAAGAAGAGAAGAAGAAAAAUAAGGUGAAAAGUGCGGUUUUGAAGAAUGUUAAAUGGACGGCUGAGAUUAAAGGGAAAGGUGAGGAUAGUGGGAAUUCGAGGAAGUAUACUUUUGCUGUUGAAAGUGAUGAUGAUGUUGAGAAGAAGAAAAAGAAGAAUCAUGAGAAGGAGAAAGAGAAUGAGAAUGAGAAGAAGAAAGAAAGAAAAUUGCGUAUUGUGGAGAUUGAAGAACCUAAUGAUCAUAAAGUUGUUGUUUUAAGACAGGCAUUUGCAAAGAGGUUUGGAGCAAUUCAAAAUCAGAGAGGCAAAAAGAAGGAAUUAUCUCCUCAAGAUGCUGCAUUGUUGAUCCAGAUAACCUUUAGAGCAUAUGUGAUCCGUAGGUCAAAGGCUCUUCGUGCCCUUAGAGAACUGGCUAUUGCAAAAUCUAAAUUAAAGGAAAUCAGAGCCCAGUUCAAUAACUUUUCCUACCGACGCCGUAUAGCUAGUGAUGGAGUGGAACGCCAGAGGUUUUCUGAGAAAAUCAUUGUCUUGCUCCUUACUGUUGAUGCCAUUGAGGGAGUUGAUCUGAUGGUUAGAUCUGCAAAGAAAUCAAUGGUGGAUGAGCUGGAAGCAAUGCUUGAUGUGGUAGAUCCCCAGCCUGCUGGAAGAUCACUGUCAUUCAAAAGGAGGACAUUUGAUAUGCCUGAUGGAGUCAUCAGGAAGGAAAUCGAAGAAGGUGUUGCACAAGUUGUGCAAAUGCUUGAUGAAGCCGAGAAUAGCAGCAGCACCUUUGAAGGUUGAAGCUCGCGUGUGAGAUUAAGGAAGCUAUAUUUAUCUGCUUUUUUAUUGCUUUCUACCGCAUUUCCAUCUGCUGUUGUAGUUUGUUGCUAGACGGAUUGUAGUCUAAGAUUUGAGUACGUUAUAACCUAGGCUUCAUGUUUCAUCGAAUGGUUUUGUAUUUGCUUAAUGUUUGGAACUUAUCAGAAUGAAAAAUUUGGUUUGA